CACAAAAGUAGAGAAAUUGGGUAUUGACGGGGGAGUAGAUUUCAACUACUCUGAGCUCCAUUCUCUUCUAUAUUAUUCACAGCAAGCAAACAUUAUUCUAUAACAAUUUUGUCCCCCACCCCCCGGCCCAAAGCAUGUUUCCCGCACAGACCGGCAAUAUCGAUCUAGAAGCCCUCAGUGGAAUUUGUGGGUCGAUAUCAAUUGCCUGCUGGGUGGUUGUCUUCUCACCUCAAAUCAUUGAGAAUUUCCGUCGUGGAUCUGCCGAUGGCCUGUCACUGCUCUUCCUCAUCGUCUGGCUUGCCGGUGAUGUCUUCAACAUUCUCGGCGCCGUUCUACAAGGCGUUCUCCCGACGAUGAUUAUCCUUGCCGUUUACUAUACCCUUGCUGAUGUCGUCCUUCUUGCCCAAUGCUUCUAUUACCGCGGUUUCACCCUCCGAGACGAGCCAUCCCCACUGCACCGUGGCUCGGCAGCUUCCCCAAUCCACGACGAGGAAGAUGCUGAGGAGACAGAGGUGCCUUCUCCUGUGGUGGCCCGCAAGCCCACGGAAAGGACCGCUCUUCUUUCAUCCAAGCAGUGUGGUGGCCCUUCCUACCAGACCAGCAGCAAUAACAACAGCUCCGCCUCCUCCCUCACCAUUACCCCCCAUCACCAGGACCAACGACCAGCUCCGCUGACAACCCGUCGUUACUCUUCCUCCGCAUCGUUCCUCCAUCCCUCCAUCGAUGGCACUCAUCUGUCUCCAGUGACUCCCUUCAUCGAACCCGCUAAAGAAACCCGACCCCCACGCACUUUGUCCGCCCUCCAAACCACCCUCUUCCAUGCCUCGGCCAUUAUCCUCGUCUGCGCCGCCGGCGUCUUAGGCUGGUUUAUCAGCCAACGCACUGUCCAGCCCUCCGACCACCAUGACACCUCCUCCACCGCCGAUGCGGCGCUUGAAAUGGAUCCUCUCGGUCAAGUCUUCGGCUACCUCUGCGCCGCGUUGUAUCUCGGCUCGCGCGUACCGCAGAUUCUUCUCAACUACCGUCGCAAAUCGACAGACGGCGUCUCCCUCCUGUUCUUUCUAUUUGCCUGCAUUGGUAACCUGACCUACGUGCUGUCUAUUCUGGCGUAUUCCCCUGUAUGCGCAGAUGCUAGCGCAGGCUCGAGUCCCUUAAGCCCGGCUCACCACCAUAGACGGUGUUCCCCCACCGAGCUCUCCAGCCGAUACGGCCGAUACAUCCUUGUCAAUCUGUCUUGGCUAAUCGGGAGCUUUGGCACCUUGUUGCUGGAUAUGUGUAUCUUCGUGCAAUUUUUCCUGUACCAAGAGAACACUGGUGAGGAAGUCUUGACAGAGACAAGUGCAGACGAAGAUGAGACUGUUCGUGGCUGAUGAUAAUGAUAAUGACGAUGACGAUGACGAUGCUGAUGACGAUGCCGUUUAUUUUCCUGUCUCGCGAGGGAUGCCCUUCCCCACAAGGCCCACGGAGUUGGUGGAGUUGAAAAGUCGAAGUUUCUUAUUUAUUCGUUUGGUGAACCCUCGGGAUUUGUCGCAUAUCCUUGGUAGACUGGGUUUUGUGCCAAAUCGCCCAGUCUUACCAGUCAACGACAAUUUUGAUCUCUUCACUGUAUCUAUAUAGUUACACUCUUCCAGAAGUUAGAGAAGAUAAUAGAUAUCAUAACCUUUUGGAUAUG